AAUGGCAACUGCAACUCUUAACGGCUUACUGCGCCUACUUGUGACUGCAAUCAUUGCAAUAGGCUGUUUUGUGACUGUUUUCCUCAUGUAUUUUAAACCGUCAGGUAACUGGCUUGCAAAGCCAUUUGAAUCAUCAACACGACCAAUUCAGAAGGAAGAAGAAGAAAACAAGGCUCAUAAUAAGACUAUAGUUUUAUUAUGGAUGUGGCCUUUUGGUCAGUCCUAUGAUCUAGACACUUGCAGGACCCUGUUCAAUAUUGAAGGCUGUUUUUUAACAGCUGACCGAGACCUAUACAAUAAGUCAAGUGGAGUCAUAAUUCACCAUCGAGACAUAAAAAGUGAUUUAUCAAAUCUACCACCAUUGCAGCGCCCACCAUUCCAAAAGUGGGUGUGGAUGAAUCUAGAGUCCCCGUCACAUACUUAUAAAAACCCAGGUCUUGGAAAUAUUUUCAAUUUGACUUUGAAUUAUAGGCAAGACGCAGAUAUUGAAGUGCCUUAUGGGUCAGUUGUAUUCAGCCAAAAGGAGGGGGAAGCUUUCGUAUUGCCAAUUAAAACUAAAUUGGUCUGCUGGAUUGUGAGUAACUGGAACCCUGACCAUGCCAGAGCGAGGUACUUCAACGAAUUGCACAAACACAUCGAGAUACACACCUAUGGAAAAGCCUUUGGAGAAUAUGUCAAUGAUCAAGACUUCCUGGACACAAUAUCCAGUUGUAAAUUCUAUCUUUCGUUUGAGAACUCGAUUCACAAAGAUUACAUCACUGAAAAGCUGUACAACCCACUAGCUGCUGGAUCUGUGCCAAUUGCUCUUGGGCCACCUAGGCAGAACUAUGAAAACUUUGUGCCUGGAGAUGCCUUCAUACAUGUGGAUGAUUUCCUCUCUCCCAAAGAGCUGGCUAACCAACUCGCACUGUUACAUACAAAUGAACAAAUGUAUCUGCGGUAUUUUGAAUGGCGCAGACAUUUCAAUGUCAAGAGGUCACAUUUCUGGGCUGAACACACAUGUCAUGCAUGCGAUUACAUUAAAAGACACAAUGAAUAUAAAGUUUGUAAUAACCUUGACACUUGGUUUUGGGGUUGACGGCUCAUUUGCUUCUGCAAUGUUGUGGUUCGAUGUUAUGGUAUCUCACGAAACGUAUACAAAAGCUGAAGAACAUACGCACAUCCAGGUACUUUCUGCAGGUGUGGAAGUUGUAGGCCAACUCAUGGAAAACAGAAAGGAAAAUGCUGUGCACUGUUGCUCAUGCUCCUAGGUGAUUUUAUAACGUUUCGACCUGAGGGUCUU